AUGGCCCACAAAGUACUACUCUUCCUGGGCGCAGGGGGGAACGUUGGAGCUUCGUCCGUCGAGCUGUUCAAGAGUAAAGGAUACAAGGUUGCAUCCGUCGCACGAACUAUUAAGGACGAGGUAAGAACGCAUUCGGACCUGUGCCUGACUGCAGAUUUCAGCAAUCCAAGCACUAUAAAGAGUGUUUUCGAGAGAGUCGAGAAGGAAUUAGGAACGCCAAACGUUGUGGUAUACAAUCCUUACUCGUGGUCCAUGAGCCCCGAUCCCGCAAAUCCUGUUUCUGCAUCCCUCGAAAACUUCCAAAAGGAUCUUGCAAUCAACACUGUGAGCGCCUACGCAGCCGCCCAAGCCGCCGUGGAAGGGUUCAAGAAGCUCCCUCGUACUAUAAAGAAGACUUUCAUCUAUACGGGUAAUAAUGGAAAUACAUUUAUCUUCCCACAGUUCCUCUUGCUUGGGAUCGGAAAAUCUAGUGCUUGGUACUUGAUUCAGACAAUGGUUGCAACACCUGGCUUCGCUGCUGAAGGCUACCGCUUCUACUUCGCCGACGAGCGUACGCCAGAGGGAAAGGCAAUGCAUCACACUUCUGGACCAGGGCAUGCAGAAUUCUUUUUGCAGCUAGCAGAACAAGAAGGGCAGGGAGAGUCAUUAGCUACAUUUGUAAGGGGAAAGGGUUACGUGGGAUUUGAACGAGACCAAAGAGCCACUCUACCAAAGGUUACUAUUGAAGAGAUACUUAAUCAGAAGUAUGGGGCAUAUGGAACUGCGGAGGCGAGGUAUGGGUAUUAA